UGCACAGCUGCACCUGACGCUGCUCUCCUUUAUCACAAUCAUCUGAUGAGGCUGGAUGUCUUAUGUAAGGCAGAUUUUAUAUAACAAUUGCUUGAAAAUAUAUGUCACGAGCGAUGCAGUGCGUAGAAUUUCUUCGUCACACGGGUGCACACUGGUACAGCCACAGAGCUGUGCACACUCCCCACUCUGCAGCUCCACCAAAGCUCUGCCUGGGCAAUGCUGAGUCCGGAUGGUAACUAUGCAGUUCUGCAGAAAGGUGCUGUGCCGUCCGUGUAGUGCCAGAGUCACCUCGCCGCAGGAGGACAUGGAAUACAAGAUGGGAAGCUGCAUCGGAAUUCCACGGCAGCAGCAGUGUCUUUCAGCCAGCUGUGCACUCGAUGACCUGCUGCCAGCUGAGUCAUGGGGAACGAGAGCAGCACAGUUGAGGUGCCGCCAGAAGAGGGCUCACCAACAAAUGUUGUUGCCUUUCCACCUGAGGAGACUCAAUCUCACACUGAGGCCCAGAGGGACGACAGAGCGCCGCUGACAGACGCCCUCAGCAGUCAGCAGAGUCUGCUGUCUCAGCUGUCACUCCCAGACGUCCCGAUCAUCACUGGAGUGGAGGAGCCUGGAGGUGUAGCUGGAAACCAGGAGGACAGGGAGGAGCUGGAGUUUCCCCAUGACCUUCUGCCCAGUCUGGACUUCAGCAGUGAGCUCAACAUUUGGGAGUCCUCACUGGGCAGCACUCAGACUAGCUCAGGUGAGAGGAAAUGUGAGCAGGUGACCCCCCUGCUGGCCGACCUGCAGCAUCACACAGGAGUCAGCCAGCCAACGGUGGUUCUAGAAACAAGGCCUCGUGAUAGCGACGCAGAUUAUACAGAUGUCCUGUCUCCACCUCAGUCCACUGCCACUCCUCCUCCGUCUGUGCUUUUGGAUCCGGAGCUCCAAGAAGCUUUCCAGGAAUGCGAACAGCAGAUGGCCUCACUUGGCAUUCAUCAGGACAUCAGCACCACGCCUGAGACGGUUAAUGAUUUAGAGAAGAAAACUGGAGAAGCGAUGGUUAAUAUGUCCAAUGAGUCAUCAUCGCUGUCUCCAAUCGUGGUCCAGUCAGGACAUAGCAACUUGCACCAUGGAAACAAGAGCGCACAUGGAAAGAGUGAAACACCAAACAGACAGUUGGAGACAUUAGUGUUUAGUUUUAGGAAUUACAUACUCGGUACUGGCGAGGAAGGAGAGGGGAAUAAACUGAAAACAACACAGAACCAGGAUGAAUGUCCAGAGGUUAUGCCAGAAAAAGAGCACAUACAAUCACCGACAGCAGCAAAUAUCGAUUUUAAAGAUUUUCUGCUUACAAAGCAGAGUGAGGAUGUCAAAUCAAACUCAGUCAGUGUGGGAGCAAAUACUGUGGAUCUUUCUCAAGCAAUCGAGGACAAACAUACAUAUAAAAUAACAGAAAUGUCAAAUGUAAAUAAGGAAAACCAAAGUGAAGAGUCCGAUAUGAACACAUUUAUGAUCAAAGAUUAUUUAAUUCAUGAAACAUCAGAGUGCAGCACGCUUCAUUUAAGAAAUAAGCAGACCCAAGAAGACACACGUGGUGAGGAAGGCAAUGAAUUUAAAUCGCUCAAACAGGCAAAUCUGGAAAAAGACAAUGAGGUGAAGAAAGAAGAAAAAAAGAGGCAAAAUAAGAAGGAAAGCAUAGAUAUGAGUCUAGAGAUGGGACAGAAAGCACAGAAUGAGCAGCCUGGUGAUAUAUGCACAGGUUUGCAGUUUGACAGUCAGACUGUGAUAUGCGGUGGUAAUGGGUUUGGUUACACAGGACAGCUGAGUCCCAGAGGAGAUCCGGGUUCCAGCCCCCCGCUAUCAGCGCCUCAAAGCCAGCAGGAUCAUUUUACUGCUACAGCUUGUUCUUCCGCAUCCGAGCCGGAUCUGUCACAGCAAUCAGAUAACCACAGCCAUACCAAGGCCUACUGUGGCAUGAAUCACAGCUCCAGUGAAGUAGGCGGAAGUAUCGACAUUCACCAAAACGCAGCGGUGACAUAUGUCCAAAUCGACACUAUCAAUCCGGCUGCUGCACAAACACAAGAGCCUGCAGUUACCCCAGAAUCAGAGAGAACAGUGCAGCUUUAG